AUGUUCCUAGCAGCCCUAAGAAACACGCUCCUCUCCGGUCUCGCCCAAGCCAAGGACAUAUUGUUCCUCACCGAAGAGAGAGCCCUCGAGUCCCUGCCGGAGCCCUACAUCCCGCCCGAGGACGACGACGACAUCGCAGAGAUGCCUGAGAAGCUCCGCGAGAAGGCCGCCAGGGCCCUCCACGGCCCCGCCGGCAACCCCAGCCAGCUCGGCGACCCGGUCAGCCUCAAGGCGGAGCUGAGCGACACCGUCCCGACGCCCGACGAAGACGGCGCCGGGAGCUCGCCUUCGACGGCCGGCAGUACGUGGGCCAGCGGGAAGGAGACCCUAAGAGGAAAGGCGGCAAAGAAGCUACAUGGGCCUGACGCAAACCCCAGCCAGCUUGGCGACCCGAUAAGCCUUGAGGCGGAACAUAAUUAUAAUGAGUCCAAGUCGGAGGGGCCAAGUGCACCGAGGAGGGACUCCAAGUUAUGA